UCAUUUUGCAGUGCUCAGUUCGGAAAUUCAAAAUCCACCGCAAUGGCGACCAAAAAACUGGGAAUGGACUUCGUAAAAAAUAUGUCGGAAUACGCCAGUGGAUCCAACGGAUUUGAUCGGGUCUUGAGAAUGAUUAAAAUAACCGGCGGUGGUGAUGGACGCGCCGUGGGAGAGUUCACUGUGCAAGAGGAGCAUUUGAACCGGCAGGGAACUCUUCACGGAGGUCUGACUGCCACAAUUGUGGAUAAUUGCACAACAUACGCGCUAAUGUCGAAAGGAUCCCAUCCCGGCGUCACGGCCAAUUUAAAUGUCAGCUAUAUUGCCGCUGCUUAUCCUGGUGAAGUUAUAGAAGUAGAUUGUAACACUGUACGGGCCGGUAAGAAGAUGGCCUAUUUGGAUUGCCUUUUGAGGCGCAAAUCGGAUGGCAAGAUCAUUGCCAAGGGAGGACAAGUCAAGUAUAUUCAAUUCGACAAGGAAAAGCUGGAUUUUUAAAUAAAAUGUGUGGAUCAUUUGUGGAAAAUUUAAAAUCGGUUUUUAAAUAAACUAAAUUAUGACCACCUUUCGAUAGAAACGG